GUCUAUUCCUGGUAGCAAUGGUCUCAUUUCCUCUGCUCAUUUCUUUGCAGGUAAGUAUUGUGUGUGUUUUAUUGUCGUAUAUUUAGUCUCUGAGAGAGUAUUGUAAUAUAUAUCCCAGAUUCUGCAAGGUACCUACUUUGUGUAAUUAGCCCCAGGGAAAUGCAUGAAUUCAAUGCUGAUUGACGCAGUGCAGGAAAGAAUUGGAUUCGCUGAGAUCUUCAAGUUUGAUGAUCUCACCCAUAGAGAUAGACUGCCGUGGCGAUGGAAAAAAAGUGAGUAAAAACACCUUUCCAAUGCAAUCUAAGGGGGGCUGGGGAGAUAAAUAGGUACUUAAACACUAUAGUGUCAAGAAUACAUAUUGGUAUUUCUGACACUAUAGUGUUCCUUUAAUCUUUCUUCUUUUUAAUACAGUAAUAAUAAAUUACUUGCACAAGUGCAUGGCAACGUUUCAUCCCUAAAAGGACUUUUCUCAAAGGUUGAGAAGUGCACUUUGACCAUGUGUGUCUGAUCCUUCUGUAUCCCUCUGGAUUAUAAGCAACGUGAACAUUGAGGUCUCCACCAUCUGUGAGUGUUUUCUCUGAAGUUUAAUUUACAGGGCACACAGCUUAAAUAUAGCUUUACUGGCAAUGUGCCCGCAUGUAAAGAAGCUGUCAUGUCAGCACAAAUGCAUGUUAGUAUUAUAGGAUGUCUGGCAGGGUGGCUGAUGAGCCUUACAUAUCACCCCAAAAUCCCCUGUAUUUGUUCCAGGUGCAUAGCAAAUUUAUUUACACACGCACUUGGGCUGCACUUCGCUUUGUUUCUCCUGACACCGUGUGGCAGCAUCCCUUUGUACGGUGAUGAGAAGACUGAUGCAACUCAUUUGUCUCAUGUCAAAAUUAAGUGACAUCACAUGUUUGUGUAUUGUUUUCAGACAAUAUAUCUAUUUGUUCUAUACACCUUGUCAGUUGUAUUUUCCCUCAUUGUUUUAUUUCUUUACUUGGCCACUGCCGAUAAAUAAAAAAAAACUCCAUAUGAUACUCCAUUCUAGAUAUGUUAGUUUAUACUUGCUAAGAUUUUAUAUGCCAUUUCUCAGACAUGCAGUUGAAAGGUCUGAAAUUGGGACGGGGUGGGCUGAGGUGUCUCUGACCAUGACUAAAAUGAGUGGUCCUGCGCAUAUUUAGAGCAGGGCCACCGAUAGAAGGGGCAUGUAAGCCUGGGGUAAAUGCGUGGCGGUCUGACUAACCGCCAUGAACUACCCUCAGGGCAGGCCAUGCAGAGAUCCCUGAUGAAGUGUGUGGCAGGACCGCUGACGGACUAUGAAUUGCCCUUAUGUGUGGAUGUACUCUCCUGGAAUGUAUGUUUUCCCAUGUUCUCUGUGAUUUUCACAUUGAAUCCUGCAAAUUGCUUUUUAAACACACAGGGGCGCUCUUGUGCAUGGAGUCCUGUGCGCCGGACCACCCUGAUACUCCAUUUCGAACAUGUGCUUAGAACGAGGAGUGAAAACCGCAGACCACAAGGGAAACAAGCGGCGCGUGCUUCCUCUGGGUGGCCACCGGUUCGUAUCACCAAAUGCCCGAAACCGGCCUGCGUGCACUGUCUUCAAUCCCCGUGUCGGGGAUCAUCCCACGUGCUAUUUGGCAUCACGUACCCAGGGGUGGGGCAAAUUUAGAUUGGGGAGGGGAGUGCCCAAAUUUUGUCAUGCCUAGGGCAGCAAAAAUGCAAAAUACACCACUGACCCCCAGAGGUGCCAGGGUUGGGAACCGCUGGAUUAUAGUUCAAAAUACAAAACUGUAUUCCUAACACUAGAGUGCCCCUCUGUGACCUCUAUAUCUUAAGUACCCUUUCUUUCACUUACAUGAUUCCAGUGCUGAGCUGCCUUGGCACUGACUCGGUCUCCUCCUCUCACAAUGUCAUGGCGAUGGGGAGAACUAAUGUGCAUGCACAGUGAGCACUGUGUGUACAUUAGGACUUCCCCAUAGAAAAGCACUGAAUCAAUGCUUUCUUCUGUGGAUUUUAAAGAACCUGGACACCCUCAUGCAAACCAUGAGGACACCCAGUGUUUCAUAGAGUUAACCUCUGUGAAGCGCCUCUAGUGGCUACCUGGAAGACAGCCACUAGAGGUGGAAUUAACCCUGUAAUGUAAUUGUGUCAGUUUCUCAGAAAAUGUUUUACAUUGCAGGAUUAAGGGGACAGUGGCACUGCACCCAGACCACUUAAAUGAGAUGAAGUGAUCUGAGUGCCUAUAGUGGCCCUUUAAUUCUUUGCUCAGCAGCAAAGUAAAUCUCUAUCUCUGGGUGACAAGUUUUAUGUAUAAUAUAAAGGUUUAUAUGUUGGUUAUCAGGCCAUUGAAAGUAAUUUCUUUAUGCGCUGUUCACUUCCCGAUAUCUAUCUAUCUCUAUCAGGAAAUGAACAGCACAUAAAGAAAUUACAUAGUUACAUAAAUAUAUAUAUUAUAUAUAUAUAUAUAUAUAUAUUUAUUUUAAUUCUAUAUAAGUAGAAACAUAUGUACUUGUGAUGCCACAAGAGCAUAAGCAAGUAAUUCAAUGACAUACAUAGUAACAUAAAGCAUGGCAUGCAUAAACGUUGCACAUUUUUUAAAUAACAUUUUAGUAAAAUUAAGAAGAAACAAGCAAGUUGAUAAUGUCUAGCUGUUAGGCUGAAGAAUAAUUUUGCUUCGGUAUGCUAGGCUUUAUAUAACAGUAAAUCUUGUCAAAGAGCUUGCUAGAACAGAUCCCUAGCACAGUCUGCUUCACUUUUGAAUCAUAAAGGCACCUAUCCACAACAGGCAAUGCUCAUGUGUCUGAACAUGUGCCAUAAUCUAAUCUUUCUAGGCAACGUUCUUCAGACAAGAGAAUGCUAAAAAGGUAUGAUUAUGGAUAGUCAUGCUAGGUAAACUAUAAGUAUACUAUCAAACUCGCAGGUAUUAUAACAGGAAUAUAACACCCCUGGGGCCCACUGCAAGAACACCAAGCACAUAAAGAAAAAACUGAAAGCAUAUGCCCCUAAGGCACCAAAUGGUCAGAAAAAAAAUAUGAUGCUCAGGCUGUAAUGCUGGUAGGAUGCUAAUGCCUAGGAUAUGGUUUCUUGUUACAAGAGAAGUUCCGCUAUAUAAAGUUGGUGACUUACCGGUAUCUAAAAAUGUUUUUCGUAAGGACACGUGGAAGGGCAGUCCCUAAUGUAAACAAUUUUAUUUUUUUAUUUUUUUUAAUUCUUUAUUUUUGUUGUGGAAAAAUCUCCACUGGUUUUAAUAGUAAUAUACAGUCAUCCAAUGCGUAAGAAUAAGAAUUAAACAUAACAUUAAGUAGUAGUAUACAUGAGACAAUCUUGGUGAGUCGCGUUAACAUCUCAGGUGGCGAAGUGUAUAGAUAAAACAGAAGACAUAGAACACACUAAUCAGUAUCUCACGUUAGCUGUUCCUGUGGGUGUAAAAUGUAUAUUAUGAUGUGGCUCUCUAGCAGCCCAUGAGGGUUUUGGGCAAUCACAUUGAUGUGGCGUGCUAGUCGCCUGAGGGGGUUCAAAGUUUACAAUAUGAUAGAACCCGCUAACAGCACUUGAGGGCUUAGGGUUAAUAGAUUGGUGUAGCAUGCUAGCUGUUCUGGCGAACUUAAAGUGUACUUUAUGGUUUUAACUCUCCGACAGGUCAUGAGGGCUUGCGACCAUUAGGUUAGUACGAUAUGUCGGCGGCCCAAGCGGGCUCGUAACAGGCAAUAUGGGGUAUCUCUUUAGCGAUUCAUGUAGGGUCAGAAGCAUAAUGGCCACACUUAUAAGCUUAAAAGAUAAAUAUUGUGGUACAUCAUGCUAGUGACUUUUGUGCUGUUAGAAGUAACGCUCAUUGGUAGGGCAUUAGCGGCUUGUGUGAAUGUAAUAUGUACUCAUUAAUGAAACAUGUUAGUAACUUUUAUAAUGUUUAAAUAAACUGUAAUAAGUGGGGGGAUGUGAUUAACAGCCACACUGUAUGCCAAUGAAGUGUUAUUGUGUUCUAAUACAGGGAUCCAAGCCCCCAUUCUACCCUUAGGCAAUAAUGGAGUCCCCUGUGAAGCACAUGGCCUUUCACCAGGCAAAAUCAGUUGGGUUGUUGAUAAACUCCUCCUCCAUUCCCUUCCAAUGCAAUCCCUCUUCCCCCAGGAGGCACUCUGGUUCUGUUAGAUCCUAAGGGAUUGACUGAGGGAGGUGUGUCCAGCAGAAGGAGGGGCUAACCUGUUUAAAGCCCUGUGAAUAGCACAUUUUCUCUCUCUUUGAAUUACCUCUCUUCACCUUCUCUCUCUCUCUCCCCUCUCCCCACUAUACACACCCUCUCUCUCUUACUCUCAGCUGCUGAUCAAUGGAGUGGUAACUGUAUCAUGUGUCUAUGCCUGUUUUACUAUGUUAAUUUAGCCUACUUUCCAUUCAGUCAAUGAUUAGUUUUAGUAGCAACAUAUACUAGCCUAUUUCAAAUGUAUAUGUAUUGUUUAUUUGUUUGAUUAGCCUCUAUUAAUAAAUAUUAUUGAAUUGCCGAAAGCAAGGAGUGUGGACUUUGACUUUACACUCUUAAGUUAAUGUUAUUAUUAAUUCCAAGUUUAUUCCAACUUGUGGUGAGUUAAACGUUUAUUACAUAAACAUAGUGGUAGAACACAUUUGAAACUCAUGUGGUGUUAAAAUAAACAUGUUGAAAGCACUCAUAUGUAGCUCAAGUGGAUUUCGCAUAAGGUGUUGCGGUAGAAUAUGUAAGUAACUCUUAUGGGGUUAAGUCACAUAUAUUAAUAGCACUCGUUAGUUACUCAUGUGGGGUUAUAAUAAACAUUUUAGUCAUAUACGGUAACCUCUCUUAUUGGAGUCAAUAUUAUCACAAUAUUAGGACAUAUCAGCGGCUCUUGUGAGGCAAAAAAAAAAAAGGACGGCGGGGGGAGGGGGAAUAAAAAUCUAGUCUACGGUGCAUGCUAGUAUUACACACAAAGUAAAAGUGUCUCUCUGCAGAUCUGGAAUAAUUAGUGCAGCUGUGGGAGUAUCAACUGAGGGAUCAAAAUAAAUAGAUCCCCCCAAAAAAAGAAAAAAGGAAAAGAGGGAAAAAACAAAUAUUAAAGUCAGUCUCGUGUUAUGCAGCCGGGCUUAAGUCUCAUUUGAGCCUCUGCUCUGGCCUGUUAGUUAUCUUAGCAGUGGCCUCCCCUCACGGUUACCUGACCUGUGGAGGGCGCUGCGCCAGGGUUUUCUCCCCUCUCAGUGGUGUGAUUGUCUGUUGGUAUAGUCCGGUGCUCCAUGGGCGCAGCGGGCGAUGGCUGUGGUAAUUGGAGCUUCUUCAGGAAGGCCGCCGGAUUCUCCGCCACGGACAGCGUCAACACUGCAUCUCCAUGUGGUACUACCAGGGUACCCGAUGCACCCUACCUGUACCUGACUCCGUGGUCUUUGAGGAGUUUGGUGACUGGCAUGAAUCAGCAGGACAGCGAAAUGUAGGUCGUCGAAGAUUCAUACUUGGCAAUUUUUCACCGCUAUGAGGAGUGUGCUCCGUGAGCUGGUCAGCAUUGCUGUCUUCACUGCCGAGCUCCGGAUGACCGCGAUAAUGUCUCUGGGGGCAUCCACAGGGGCUGUUGUGGCCUUCCAUAUACGGAACACGGAGGACACGGGCGGCAGCCCUCCCUCUCCCCUCACCUCCAUCAGACCGGCCAUUUUGUUGGCAAACUCUAGUACUGACUCCGGUCCCAUCAUCCUCUUAUACAUAUGUUUUUCUUUCAGUGCCUGGUCUCCAUGGUAGUGACGGUGCGGGUGAGUCGCUGGAGCUGCUGGGAGAGAUCCAGUAUUCUCCCAAACCAUGCCUAGAGCCAGAUACGAGUUACUGCUGAGAUUUUUACAUUUCAGUGACAAUACCCUCUGUCACCCCAGAGAUCACCCCCCAUACGAUAGGCUUCAUAAAAUACGCCCACUGCUAGACCAUUUUCAGGACAAAUUUUCGGAUGUUUAUACCUCCCAACAAAAUUUAUGCAUAGAUGAAUCGCUAAUGAAAUCCAAAGGGAGAUUAGGGUUCAGACAAUACAUCCCCUCAAGGCGCUCUAGGUAUGGCAUAAAACUGUACAAACUGAGUGAGAGCGAAAGUGGACACACUUUUGCCUUUCGUGUAUAUGAGGGGAAAGAUGGUCAACUGGACCCUCCUGGCUGUCCUGACUCCCUGGGGACAAGUGGGAAACUUGUAUGGGACCUACUAAACCCCUUGUUUAAUAAAGGUUACCACCUUUAUAUGGAUAAUUUUUAUAGUAGUGUCCGUCUGUUUAAAACACUUUAUGGUUUACAGACACUGGCCUGCAGCACUGCCAGAAAAAAUUCCAAAGAUUUUCCACGAUCUCUCAUAGAGGCAAAAUUAAAAAAAGGCGAAUGUAAAGCACUUCGCAAAGCUGAAGUGCUUGCACUAAAAUUUAGAGACAGGAAGGAUGUCAACAUGCUAACCACCAUCCAUGACGUACGGAUGUCAGACGUCUCUGUCCGAGUCCAAUCCGGUUUGUAGCAGGGCGUAUAAUAAGUACUUGGGGGGUGUUGAUUUGGCUGAUCAGCUGAUGCAGCCAUAUCUUAUUUUACGAAAAACCAAAGCAUGGUAUAAAAAGGUGGCUAUCUAUCUGAUGCAAAUAGCAACCCACAACUCAUUUUUGCUUUUUAAAAAAAAUAAUCCAGGGAAAAAUACCUUUCUCCAAUUUCAGUUGAAAAUAAUUUCUUUAACAAUUUAUGGAGAUGGACAAGUUCCAACAAUGGUGAGUCCAGACAUUUUAUUUUUAAGUUACCGCCAACUGCUAGAACCCCACCCGACCCCCCAGAAACGGGUCUGUUUUAAAAACAGGAAAAGGACAGACACCCCUUUUCACUGUCCUGAUUGCCCUUCGAAACCAGGACUGUGUGUAGGAACAUGUUUCAAGCUGUACCACACAGAACAGUUGUAAGAAGUGUUCCUGAAUUUUUAUUUUAUUUUUUGUUUCUUUGGAAAGCAGCCAUUUUUUGUUAGUCAGUUUCCUUCCCCCAAAUCUCCAGUUAGAAUCUAUUUGCAGGAGUCAGUUUAAAGAUUGCUGCUAAAUGUACAUUUGCUACCUGUACAUUUGGUCUAACAAGUUUUGUGGCAGUAACACAUAACCAGCUGGCCAAAACCAGAUGACGUGUGCAUAAAAACCAGAAUUAAAAAAUUACCACUACACUUUCUUUGGGGGGCAAAAUGGUUGAGGGAAAGAAGUCAAAACACCCCAUCUUCUAUAACCUUUAAUGUCUACUUUAUAAAAAUAUAUACUAUAUACUGUCAUGAUGGUAACAUUAACUGGGGGGUGCAAAAAUAUGUCAAACUGAAGAUAGACCAAGCAUACCUAUAUAUCAAGUUGAAAAACUGACAUGUACAAGUUCUGAUUGUUGCCUUUUGGCCCCCAAACAACCCAGCAAUCCUAUACAUGGGUAUCACUGUACUCGGGAGAUGUUGCUGAACACAUAUUGGGGUGUUGUUUGGCAGUGACACAUAACAGGAUCUGUUAAUUCAUGCCUAAAGUACAAUGUGUGUGAAAAAAAACAGAAAAAAAAUUACUAACUCUAUGUUUGACAAAGCCUGGUGGUAGAAUUAGUGCAUGGAAAGUGUUAAAAUACCACCAUGUGAAAUACCCUAGGGUGUCUACUUUUCAAAAAUAUAUGGUUUGAAGGGGGUAAAAUACAUUGGCCAGCUUCAAAAAUGUCCCAAAUAGGACAUGCAUGCAGGUUGACUACAUGUCAAAAUUCAAAGCUGGGAAACUGAUAAAUGUGGCCUUUUAGCCCUCCAACAACCCGACACACCUAUACAUGGGGGGUAUCCCUGUACUCGGGAGAUGUUGCUGAACACAUAUUCGGGUGUUGUUUGGCAGUGACACCUAACGGAAUCUGUGAAAUUAUACCCGAAUUACAAUGUAUGUGAAAAAAAUAAAAAAAAUAAACUACCUAUGCAAAGUUUGGUAAAGGUUUGUGGUAAAAUGGCUGCAUAGAAAGUAUCAAAAUAUUCUUAGAUGAAUACUCUGGGUUAUCUAGUUGAAGAAAAAUACAUACAUGUGGGGUGUUUUUUUUGGAGAUUUAUGACAUAACAGUGUUACAAUGUUACUAUUGAUACAUUUGAAAAAUGUACAUUUUGAAACAGUAAUUUCCUACUUGUACUUCUAGCCCUAUAACUUGCAAAUAAAAUCAAACAAACACAUAAACAUUGGGUAUUUUUAACCCCUUAAGGACUGGACUGUUUUUGUGAUGUUGUACAUUUGCGACCAGGCAUAUUUUUACACUUUUGUGGUGUUUGUGUUUGGCUGUAAUUUUCCGCUUUCUCAUUUACUGUUCCCAUACAAAUUAUAUAUUGUUUUUUUCAGGACAAAAGGGGCUUUCUUUACAUACCAUUAUUUAUAUAAUCUCAUGUAUUUUAAUUUAAAAAAAAUAAAAAAAUCUGAUGAAAAAUUGAAAAAAAUACAUGUUUUUUGACUUUUACUUGAAAAAUCUUUUACUCAUCUACAAAAGCGAAUGAAAAAAACUGCUAAAUAGAUUCAAAAUUUUGUCCUGAGUUUAAAAAUACCUAGUGUUUACGUGCUUUUUUGCUUUUUUUUGCAUGUUAUAGGGCUAUAGGUACAAGUAGGAUAUUGCGGUUUCAAAACAUACAUUUUUAAAAUUUAUCAAUAGUGACAUUGUAACACUAUUAUCUGUCAUAAAUCUCUGAAUAACACCCCACAUGUACAUAUUUUUUUUAAAGUAGACAACCCAGGGUAUUCAAUAUGGGGUAUGUCCAGUCUUUUUUAGUAGCCACUUAGUCGAAAACACUGGCCAAAGUAUGCAUUCAUAUUUGUUUGUGUGUGAAAAAAGUAAAAAAACUAAAUUGAACGCUAAUUUUGGCCAGUGUUUGUGACCAAGUGGUUACUAAAAAAGACUGGACAUACCCCAUUUGCAAUACCUUGGGUUGUCUUCUUUUGCAAAUGGUAUGCCAUCAUGGGGUAAUUCUCAUUCCUGGGCUACCAUACGCUCUCAAAGGCAACGUAACCAACCUGGCCAUUUUCAAUGUAAAAAUAUUUGACCCAUAUAUUUGACCUUGUAACUUUCAAAAAUGCUAUAAAACCUGUACAUGGGGGGUACUGUUUUACUCGGGAGACAUCGCUGAACACAGAUAUUAGUGUUUAAAAACUGGAAAACGUAUCACAACAAUUAUAUCAUCAGUAAAAGUGCUGUUUGUGUGUGAAAAAUGCAAAAAAAGUCACUUUCACUGACAAUAUCAUCGCUGUGAUAUGUUUUACUGUUUUGAAUCACUAAUAUUUGUGUUCAGCGAAGUCUCCCGAGUAAAACAGUACCCCCCAUGUACAGGUUUUAGGGUGUCGUAGAACGUUACAGGGUAAAAUACAGUGCUAGCAAAUUAAAUUCUCUGGAAUUUCGGCCUGGGUUGGCAGGCAGGUCCCUCAAAUUGCAAUCAAUAAAAUUACUGAAUUAUGUAAAAAUAUUACAUAAAUACGCACGUAGAAUUUAAAUAUAUAUGCAUAUUUAUAUAUUUGAAGUCUAUGUGUAUAUUUAUAUAAUUAUUUAUGUAAUUUUGUAUAUGGACAUAUGUAUAUUUCUUAUUAUUUUUAUUUAUUUUUAUAUACAUAGAUAUAUAUAUACAAAUUCAUUCUAAGUGUAUUUUGAUAAAAAUAUAUAUAUAUUAAUUUUAAAAUACAGUUAGAAUAAAAUUUCAUAUAGCUAUAUAAUUUUUUUAAAAAUUUUUUAUUAUUAUUUUAAAAAUGUUUUAUUUAAUUUAAAUUACUUAUUAUUUAUAUUUUAUAAUAUAUAUAUAUACAAUAUAUAUAGUUAUUAUAUAUAUUAUAUAUAUACGUGUGUAAUUUAAUUAUAAGUGUAUUUUUAUAUUAAUAUAAGUAUUAAUAUAAAAAUACACUUAGUAUGACAUAUAUAUAUAUGAUAUAUAGACAUAUUAUAUAUAUAUAUAUAUAAUAUAUGUCUAUAUAUCAUAUAUACACAUAUAUAAUUAUUAUUUUUUUUUAUUAACACUAACUUUAUUUUUUUUUCUGAUUUUACACUAGCAGGGAGACUGCCUGUCAGUACAGACAGUCCCCCUGCAGGCAGACACAUGGACACCUAUUGUGACCAUGUGAUCGCUGUGUUAAGCGAUCACAUGGCCACAGGGGUCCUAAUUCAGUUUGGGGAGACUGUCUGGGCUGCAGGCAGUCUCCCCACAAUCGGAGCCACGCUGAUCGCCGCCGGGGGAACGACGGCGAUCAGGUAAGUACCUCUGACCGUUAGGACGGUUCAGGACCGUCAUCGGUCGGCAAUGGGAAAAUGCCGAUGACGGUCCUGAACCGUCCUGGGUCGGGAAGGGGUUAAACUCAGGACAAAAUUUUGAAUCUAUUUAGCAGUUUGUUUCAUUCGAUUUUGUAGAUCAGUAAAAGAUUUUUUAAGUAAAAGUCAAAAAACUUUUUUUAAAAUUUUUCACCAUAUUUUAUUAUUAUUUUUAAAUUCAAUUAUAUGACAUGAUAAAAAUAAUAGCAUGUAAAGAAAGCCCUUUUUUGUCCUGAAAAAAACAAUAUGUAAUUUGUAUCGGAACAGUAAAUGAGAGAGCGGAAAAUUACAGCUAAACACAAACACCACAAAAGUGUUAAAAUAGCUCUGGUCCUUAACGUACAAACAUCGCAAAAACAGUCCGGUCCUGAAGGGGUUAAGAUUGUAGCAUUGUAUAAUUAUACGUAUCACCAGCUAUUUAAGAGGCAUACAGCGAAUGUCUAACACCUUUAGAUAUAAGUAAACCAUCAAUAUUAAAGAUAAGAAAAAUUAUUAAAAAAAACAAGCUUUUUAUUUUCUCAAUAAAAAAACAGUUAUAGGAAAUUCCACCAAUCAAGUAAAUAUACACACUGUCAUAAUGACCUGGUGGCAUUUAGAUAAAUAUCAGAAAUAACAGAUUUCUAUGGUCAUGUUAUUUUUUAUUCAAUAUUUUAUACUCUUUUUAUGUAUCUGAUUUCAUAUCGAUGGUAUUUAUCUAAAUGUCACCAGGUCAUUAUAUGACAGUGUAUAUAUUUACUUGAUUGGUGGAAUUUCCUAUAACGUUUUAUUUUUAUUGAGAUAAUAAAAGGCUUGUUUUUUUAUAAUUUUUCAUUACUCAUGCCAGGAUAGAGGGACACAUGCAAACAUACAGGGUUAUUCAAUAAAAACUGAAUGGCCCCGCAAGGCUAUUUGGUAUUAAAAAAACUACACAAUUAUUUUCUUGGUUAGAAAAAAAAUAUUGCAUUAGCACUGUUUAAGGCAUGUCAAACCAGGUUAAUUGUUUAACAAAACGACCUUCAGAUAGAGAAUAGUCAUUUUCUGGAUAAGUAACUGAACUCCAAGUUCAGGUACAGACUGCACUACAGAGCGCACAGCAUUGAAUGCUACAGAACGUUCGCUUUAUAGAACCUUUCCUGGACUUCAUGGUAGAACAUCUGUGAUUGGUUAUUACGGCCGGCACAUGUUUACACGCCACCAAUAACUAUCUGAGUUUCACUUCCUUGUUGAAGGAUCAGAGACUCGUUAUUGAUUUGUUACCAGCAUGGACUUCUGCUGUUUUCAUUGGCUGACUCGUUCUAUAGUGAGUCAUGUGAUGACACUGCUGUUUCAGAGUUGGACUGACUUCCUGGAUUUCACUGCCUACUAUUCACUUACAAGGUGCUCAGGUAGGUCUCUGUAUAUAUAUGGUAUAUAUAUGGUCUAUAUCUACAUAACAUUCUGCUUAAUUACGGCUAUACCAAUAAGAUUUCAGCAUGUUUACACACAUUAGCAGACCCCAUCAGAUACACUUAUCAUACACUUUUACAUGUUAUACAUAUACAAGGAUAGUUGGAACAAUGUUCCUGUAAUUGUUCAAUAAUAGUUCCUAUGUGGGGCAAGAGGAUGGUGAUCCAGAGAUGAAUUUGGAGCCAAUAAGGAUUUUUUCCCCCACCAGAUUAUUGCAUUGGUGGAAAUAAUUCAAAGGGACGCUUCAGUUUUGCUUUAGUGCUUUAUAUGUAUGGAGUUUGCCAUUUCUUAUUAUUUAGAAAAUUGCAUAUUUCAACUGAAAGAUUUCAGACUGCCCUGGAAGUUGUCUUCCACUCCUUCAGCUCUGUUGAACUAAGGUAAGUAGCAUGCCUACUUAGCUAGAGUGCGCUUGUAUUUGGCUUCUUCACUACACUGCUAACAAUUCUCAAUGAGUUGUACAAGAACUCCAUGAGAUGUGUGAAUGAAAACGCACCACAGAGGCUUAUUUGAGCUGCUAAUUUGUAAUAUACCCUCCCCCCCCCCCACCCCCACAAAACCUGCAAAAUCAAUUAAAUGUGUUUGUUUUCUUUGAAGUAUAUCAACUAAACAGAUGUAUUUUUAAAAAAAAAUGUACAAGUCAUGUUUUCAGUUUGUAUAUUUUGGCCGUAAAUUUGAGAUUCAAUUUGAAUUUUCAAUUUAAUGAAUGACCCAGACCACGUCACUUCACUAAACUCACUUCAAAUUCUCUCUUUAGUGAAUAACCCUUUAAAGUAAGAAAUUGCUGGGAAUUCAGAGUAAAUUUAAGGCCAAACUGAAAACAAACGUGACUUGGAAAAUCUAUCUAAACCAACUAUUUUGUUUUAAAUAUUGAAAUUCACUUAGAAUUCCAAGCAGUUCUCACAUUUUUGAAUAUAAAACGUACAGUGUUCAUAAAAUAGUAAGGUUCACUUGGCUUAAAAACACUUAUUUUGUAUUGCCAGGUUAGCAUUCACAAUAUCAUUUAAUGGAAACAAAAAAUAAACAGCAAAAGAUAUAUCUUUAAAAAAAAUUAUUGUACCAGGAAUACAUUAAACGUUGGUACGGCCCUUUUGGUUUUAAACCCACAGAUUUGCCCAGAAUCCAAAGUUAAAAUCUCUGAGUGUCUCUCUCUAAGGCUUCAUGCAUAGUUCCAUUUUACUGCCUUCACAUUUAGGUUCCAUGUAGGCACACUGACACGAUGAUUUAGGCACACAAUUAUGACAUUGCUCAUUUGCCCGUCCAGUGGCCUUUGUCAAAGUGUUAGUCGUCAUCAUUGCAACUUAGUGUCCAAGCAAUAUAUAAAAGGAAUUCAAAGUUCUUAAAUUGCCCCCCUAGAUAUUGGAGACAAAAGUUCUUACACUGUCAGAAGUUACAAUAAUUUCUCAUAGGACUUAAGAAAUAUAUUUGUCUGUUUGUGUUACUUUUUUGAGUGGAAGGGGGGCAAGCAUCAAAAUGCCAUGCAAAUAAUAUUAAUACUUUUAUUCUCGCUAGGCACACCAUCUAUCCAUGGCUUCUUACUUUGAAGAACAUAACUGUGAACCUACUGUUCCUGAGGAGCAGUAUCGUCAGAAUGCCCUUCUAGAGUUGGCAAGGUAGUCAUGAAAACAUUGAGUUUUACUGGUUUGUGGUUUUUAGAAUUAUUUUUUUGUUUGUUUUUAAGGUCACUGACUUGAACAGUGCUGGAUUUGUACAUAAUGUAAGAUAAUCUACUUGUACAUUAUCAGUACAGGCUCAGUCAGUGCAGGGUUUGUACGUAAUGUGAUGUGAUUACAGAUUAUCAGGACAUGCUCAUUCAGUGCUAAAUUGAAAGUAAUGUAAGGCAAAUUAUUAUGUCCAGGCAGUGCUUGGUUUGCAUCUAAUGUACUACAGAUUAUCAUGAUGGACCCAAGAAGUCAUAUGCUUUAUUUCCUAACUGCUUGAUGUUACUGAUAAUCAGACAUGGAUAGACCUUACUAGAUGUUAAAUCCAAAUGUGAUUUUAUGAUUUUGAAGUGAUAGGUCCAUAUAAUGUUUAAAUUAUGUAUAAAUAAAGGUGACAUGGUGUCAGAUUUGAGUUUAAAGUCUAGUCCUUUUUUCUAGGAGUCUUCUCAGUGGAAUGGAUAUCGAUCUUGGGGGUUUGGACCUUACAGAAUGGGAUCAGCGACUUCCGCCUCCAGCUUCCAAAAAAGUGGUGGAAAAUUUGCCAAAAGUUACUGUAAAACCAGAGCAAGCAGGUAGGAGGACACAUACUGAAUGGUAAAAGAAUGAAGGACUUGUAGAGUCCCAAGUACUUGAUUAAAUUGUCUCUUCCUUGCCGCUACAGAUGCUGCUCUUAAGUGUCCUGUUUGUCUGUUAGAAUUUGAGGAGGGUGAGACAGUCCGCCAAUUACCUUGUGAGCAUCUCUUUCAUUCUGCCUGCAUCCUGCCCUGGCUUGGAAAGGUAAUCACUAUUGCAUCCUUCUCUGACUUGCUGUACUUUUCCAUAAAGUGAAUCUUUGGGAAGAAACUGUUCUGUCUGCUGCCUUGAGAGGGAAUCAUAUGAAGAGCAGCUAUGGUGGACCUGUCACUUGCCCAAAUUUCACAUCAUAACACUUUGCAUACUGCAUAAACAUUUGCAAUAGUGUUUUGAUUACCAAUAUUGGUUAAAAGAAAGCAUUAAGGAUAUAUUAAUUUGCUUACUACUAGUGGCAAAUUAAGCUACUCUUGUCAGAAUACAUAGUUACAUAGUUGCGUCCAUCAAGUUCAGCCUUCCUCACAUUUGUUUUUUUGCUGUUGAUCCAAAAGAAAGCAAAAAAAAAACCAGUUUGAAGCACAAUUUUGCAACAAGCUAGGAAAAAAAAUCCUUCUUGACCCCAGAAUGGCAGUCAGAUUUAUCCUUCGAUCAAGCAGUUAUUACCCUACAUUGAAAGAUUAUAUCCUUGAAGUUAACCAAUUACAAUUAUUCUGCAACCAUGGGUUCUUCCUUAAUAUAUACGGAGGAGAAAUAUAUUUAAAAUUCCUGCCUUUUCCUGGUCUUCAUUAACUAACACCCCCAUUUCUGUUUUUAGUGUACCUACACUUUCAUUUUUGUUGUUUUUUAGAAUUUAUGUACUUAAAAAAUGCUUUGGGGUUGGUUUACCUCUCUUUAGCUAUCAUUUUUUCAUUUUGAAGUUUAGCAAGUCUAAUUGCCUUUUUGCACGCAUUAUUUGCUUCCUUAUAUCUUUUAUAAGAUGCAUCUGAUUUGUCCGAUUUAAAUGUUUUAAAUGCCCUUUUCUUAUUUUUAAUCUCUUGUUUUACUUCUCUACUAAGCCACAUUGGUUUUAAAGGGACACUAAAGUCACCUGAACAACUUUAGCUUAAUGAAGCAGUUUGGGUGUAUAGAACAUGCCCCUGCAGCCUCACUGCUCAAUCCUCUGCCAUUUAGGAGUUAAAUCCCUUUGUUUAUGAACCCUAGUCACACCCCCCUGCAUGUGACUUGCACAGCCUUCCAUAAACACUUCAUGUAAAGAGAGCCCUAUUUAGGCUUUUUUUAUUGCAAGUUCUGUUUAAUUAAGAUUUUCUUAUCCCCUGCUAUGUCAAUAGCUUGCUAAACCCUACAAGAGCCUCCUGUAUGUGAUUAAAGUUAAAUUUAGAGAUUGAGAUACAAUUAUUUAAGGUAAAUUACAUCUGUUUGAAAGUGAAACCAGUUUUUUUUUUCAUGCAGGCUCUGUCAAUCAUAGCCAGGGGAGGUGUGGCUAGGGCUGCAUAAACAGAAACAAAGUGAUUUAAUUCCUAAAUGACAGUGAAUUGAGCAGUGAAAUUGCAGGGGAAUGAUCUAUACACUAAAACUGCUUUAUUUAGCUAAAGUUAUUUAGGUGACUAUAGUGUUUCUUUUAUAUUUAUUUCCCAAUGGUACAUACUGAGAAAUGUACCUUUCUAAUAUUUGUUGGAAGAUGAUCCAUUUAUCCUCAGUGUUCUUUUCACUAAAGAGUUUAUGCCAGUCAAUAUAUUGUAAAGCUGCCCUUAACUUAUUGAAAUUGGCCUUUUUAAAAUUAUAUGUUUUAGUAUACCCCACGUGCUUUUGUUUUUCUGAGUUUAUUUCGAAGGACACUAUAUUGUGAUCACUAUUUCCCAAGUGCUCACCUACUUGGAUGUUGGUCAAAAGAUCAAUGUUGUUUGUUAAAACCAGGUCCAGACAAGCAUUCAAUAUGACAGAGUAGAUGACAUGUCAAUCUCCAUUCAUUUUAGCUGGGGCUGUGACAUGACAAGUGAGAAUUCAAAAUUUUAAAUGGACAAUAUAGUCACCAAAACCACUUUAGCUUAAUAAAGCCGUUUUGGUGUAUAGAUCAUGCCUCUGCAGUCUGACUGCUCAAUUCUGCCAUUUAGGAUUGAAAUCACUUUGUUUAUGCAGCCCAAAUUCUGUUUAAUUUAGAAUUUAUCUCCUGCACUGCUAAUAGCUUGCUAAACCCUGGAGUAACCUCCUGUAUGUAAUUAAAGUAUUAAAGUUACAUUUACAGCGCAGGAGAUAAAAAACAAAAAAAAGUUUUGGGUAAGUUAGAUCUGACUUAAAACUGAAACCAUUUUUGUUUUCAUGCAGACUGUGUCCUUCAUGGUCAGGGGAGUUUUGGCUAAGGCUGCUAAACAGAAGCAGAAGUGAUUUAACUCCUAAAUGGCAGACAAUUGAGCAGUGAAACGGAGGCCUGAUCUAUCCACAAAGACUGUUUCAUUAAGCUAAAGUUGUUUUGAUGACUAUUGUGUACCUUUUAAGGCCACCAUAGCAAAAACUGAAAAUGGGUAGCUUAGAGAAUUUGACCUUACAUUUGAAAUUCACUUUAGUAAAUAACCCUGUUUAGUGUUUUUGUUUUGCACGAUGUUGCCAGAGAUGCAUCUCUCGUUUACUAUGUGGAAUGCAGAGAAACUACGAUAGCAAUUCAGCCUUUGCCUUUUUUCUUUUUGUUUGUUAAAUCUAUUUUUAUUUUAGAUGAUUCAUAUCAUUAUUAUAGAUCACAAACUGACAGUCACUAUCAGGGUUUUUCACAUUAAGUGUGAAUUGAAAGCAAUUCAAAGUGAAUUUCAAAUUUGACACCAUAAAAGCUGAAUUGGGUACAAAAAUCAAGUCAACUGUGUUUACUUUGGCUAUUUUAUUAUCACUUAACUUUGAUUCCUGACAAAUCACUUAUAGUGAAUAACCAUGAUAGUGUGUUGUCAAUCAAUGUUUUGAGGUCAUGCAAAUCUCAAAUAACAAAUCAAAGUAUAUGAGAGUCAAGGCAGAAAUCGGACGUGUCACAUACAACCAGCCAUUUUAUAUUUCGAUUUCUGGACAAUACUCAAUGUUACACAACAUGUCUAUACCUUACUUUAUAUAUUUAAGGUGUGGUAAAGAGAAGGCAAAUUGAGCAGUGCACAUGUAACAGUAUGAAAUAUAGCAGCGAUAUAUGCACUGGUAGAGAGAUCUAGUGUUAAUAAUAUAAACACCUAUAUGUAAUAUAACUUUGUAGGCAUUUAGGCUCAUUAGCAUUACAACAUAUGUUACGACAACAAGGUGACCUGACAUAAUAUUCAGAUAGUCAAAAAUAGUAAAAUGAAACGUAGAGUGAGACAUAGCUAAAACAUUUAAGACACCACUUAGCGUCAUGGAAAUACAUUUCUUGGUAAGCUGUCAGACUCCUUGUUUUUGGCAGAACAGAGACAGGGGCAUCCUAGAACCAUAUAGGCAUGCUCCCUCCCCACUUUUACAAAAUCCACCAACCAACCUCCAGGCAGUCGUACAGCCAAUAACACAGCGCAUCCCAGUAGAGAUGCUCCAGGCAUCUAGACUUGUUCCACUGUUGGAGCUGAAUGGUCGCAGAUAUGGGAGUGUUGGCUUUGGACACUUCUGCAUAACCUGUCGUGUAAACUUGCCCCCUGCAGAAAGUUGGUACUUCUCCUUCGGGUCACCCUUAAUUAAUUAUUUACCAGAAUGUCUGCGAGCGCAGCAGGGUUUUCCUUACUCCGCAGCUGUGCACAGAAUGCCUUGCAGAUAUGAUGAAGGUCUUUAAAGAGUGCUUCAGGGGCCUGGUGUGAUUGGAGCUGAAUAUUGUCAGGUAGAGUAUUAAGCCUGAGUAGCCACUGGAUUGCUGAAGAGGUAUUGAAGGACUGAAAUAGUUUUCUUGACCACCUUAUCUUUUUCUCAUUUCCCGUUUUACUGGUGCCACUGAAUUAGAAUAUUAUAACAAUUACAUACCUCUUCUCCCACAGACCAAUUCCUGCCCAUUAUGCCGGGAUGAGUUACCCACUGACAGUCCGGAUUAUGAAGAAUAUAAAAAGGACAAGGUUUGUAUAAUCCUUAAUUUCAUGUUGUUGUAUAGAUUAGAAGCAAGACCCCUGUGAGUCUUCUUUAUUUCAUAACUCCAAUCACCAUUAGACAGCCUUUGGAUGAGAAUGUUGUGCCAUCUCCACAGACCACCAGUGUACAAUCUGUGAAACCCUGUUUUUAUUUUAUUCAAUUUUAGGCACGAAAGCAGCAACGAGAGCAGAGACUGGAGUAUUUGCAUGGUGCUAUGUACACUUGAGAAUAAGAUCACACCUCCUCCACCCAGCAAUUGCAUUUAAAUAGUGUCUGAAUCUCUUUACAGUUUGACUAGUGGCGCUCAAGACCAGACCUUAAGAAAUCAAUAAGAGGAGCAGACACUUUUAAUGUCUCUGCUUGAGCAGAAAACUUUUCAAAUUUUUUAACACAUACACUAAUGAUGGUAAUGAAGGAUGGGCUCCACAUCAGUUGUGUUGGUUGCUAAGAGAUCUCGGAUAGAAAAGGUAACAUAAUUUGUUUUGAUGUCCCUUUCAAUGUUUAUUACAAUUAGAGCAAAACAAUAUUUUUGUUUGUACAUGUUACAUCCGACCUUGGAUCUCUAGUAAUUAUUGGCAUUAAUUCCCAGAAUUCUCUACCAGUUCACAAUUCUGGUAUAUAAAAUCCAAACAGCUGGAAAGCCAAAGUUGGACACUCCUCCAUUUGAGUGGCCACUUUAUCCAAUUAACUUUGGCUUCCUGUGAAUUUUUGUUCCUGUCAUAUGAAAUUAACAUGGUGCCCAGAUAUACAUAGUAUAAUACUGAACCUGGGUAAAUCACAGCAUUUCUUAUUGAUACCUCCCAGUGUCUGUCCAUAUUAAAAUUACCAGCAUUUCUUAAAAAUGCUAAACUUCCAAGUUUUUGGUUUAUUACAUUAGACUUCAAAAAAACUUAUCAAUGAAAGAAAAAAAAAUUUCACUGUAUACUUUUAAUUUUCGAAUCACUACUCUGUAACCUUUGCUCAUCAUCUCAUACCAACUGCUGCAGAAAUCAUGCAAAUGAUGUCAAAUGGCUUUUAUUUUAAAGGCAAGACAUCAGGUCUGACUUAGGUGUUUAGAAGCUGAAAUAAAAGCUUUAUUUCACUCAAGUAUCCCAGCCUAUACUCCCCUGCAGUUUUUCUAAUCUGUGGUAUAUUUUUAUUCAAGUCACUUUAAAUUAUUAUUAUUUAUAAAGCGUUAACAAGUACUGUAGCGCUGUACAAUGGGUGGACUAACAGACACGUUUUUUUUUAACCAGACAAGUUGGAUGCACAAGAACAGAGGGAUUGAGGGCCCUGCUCAAUGAGUUUACAUGCUAGAGGGAGUGGGGUAUAGUGAUACAAAAGGGUAGGGUAGAAAAGUAGGUUGCUAGGAUAGUAUUCAUUGAAGGCUUAGUGUUUUGUUUUGAUGACAGUUUCAGGAGAGCAAUCAGGGUGCAGGGAGGGAAAGCUUUUCACAGUUUAAUUGAUAUGCUUUCCUAAAGAAGUACGUUUAAUAUUUUUUUUUUUUUUGAAGGAGUGGAGAUAGGGUGAAAGUCUAAGAGAGGGGAAGGGCGUUCCAUAGGAAUGUUGCAGCCCUGGAGAAGUCUUUAAGGUGAGCACCAGAAGUAGGAGUAUGAACAGAGGUUAGACGUAGGUCUCCAGCAGCGCAUAGGGCCUAGAUAGGACAUAUUUGUGUAUUUAUGAGGAUAAGUAGGUCGGAACAGCAUUGUGUCGAGUUUGUAAUCAAGUAUCAGCCUCUUAAAUUGACUCCUAUAUCUUAUGGGAAGCCAAUGUAGGGAAUGACAAAGGGGGAAGGCGUGGGAGGUGCGGGCAGACAGGAAGAUGAGCCUCGCCGCCGCAUUCGUUAUAGACAGUAACGGGGCAAGUUGGGAACACGUAAGACCACUGAGAAGCGGAAUUAAAGUAGUCAAGGCGAGAGAGGACGGCGGAAUGGACAAGCACCUUUGCCAUAUCUGGCGUUAAAUAGGGUCAGAUGCACGCAAUGUUUUUGAGAGAGAAGCGGCAGGAUUUGGCAAUUGAUUGGACAUGAGGGGGUGAAGGAGAAGUCAGAGUCAAAGAGAACAUCUAGGCAACGAGCCUUAGCGGUAGAGCGAAUGGUAGCGCUUGGAGGGACACAGACAAGGGAGUAACAACACUUGAGGCAGGGAAGACCAGAAGUUCUGUUUUGGACAGGUUCAGUUUAAGGAAAUGAGCAGCCAUCCAGUUGGAAAUAGAGAGGCAGUCAGAGACACGAGUCAAGAGGGGUGGUGAGAAAUCAGGGGAGGACAGAUAAAUUUAACUGUCAUCCGCAUAGAAAUGAUACUGAAAGCUGAAGGAGCUGAUGAGUUUUCCAAAGGAAGAGCCGUGUAGAUUGAGAACAAUAGAACAAAAAAAAUACUAUAAAUCUAUUGUUGUGUACUCUAAUUUGUAGAUAAACUAAUUUUGGUGAGGUUAUGAGUGUGUCUGUGUGUUGCACUGAUCACAAUGGAUUUCGGAUGUCAAUCAUCUUGCCACUCCAUCGAGAGAUACUAGUUGCAUCUAAAUGACCUAAAAACCUAUGCAGUUACCAAUCGUUUCAUGAUUAGCUGAAGUGCUUCAGCAGUUACUAGGACCAAUGCAAUUCUGUCACAAAAGAGUGCACCCAACAGUAAUCAAUCUAUACUUGUUUAAAGGAAGACAAUCCGGGAAAUCAACGGAGCUCUGGAUCUUUUUAAACUAUCAGUGAACAAAUAUCCUGUUAGAAAGCAUAAUGUUAAACUUUUGCCCUGGAGAAGUCUUAAUGGAAAUUAAUGUGGUUAUUCACUAAAGUUGUAAUGGACUCAUAUUGAAUGGGGCAAAACCAUUUAGACUGAAAAAUCCAGACAUUAUUUAUGCCAUUUAAAAAGGUCUGGGAUUUGUUAUUUAGGACCCAAACAGGCUGAAUUUCCUCUGUAUUAGUGAUAUGGGACCCCACUGCACAG